GCUACUACAUAUGACAAAACACCCUGUGUGGGUGUUCAAAAAAUAAUUAAUUCCCCCCCAAAAAUACACCAACAAAUAAAACAAUCCAAUUGUGCUCAAUGCAACCUCGCAAAAUCCCCGGGUGGUCCUCUUUCUCGUUUCAUUCUUAACCUUCAUCCGCUGGUUCUCAGGUACUACUACUUUCCACCUUCUCCUUUAAGCAUCAACAACCGGGUUCGGCGAUGCCUGGCGUGGCCAUAACCAUGGAUGUCUGGUCCUCGGGCCAUGGAUCUAUACACCAACAAGCCGCUAUGAACUCAAUCUCGACAUCAUCAAUUCCCCCCGGUCUCGACCCUGACCCUCUACAGUUAUCUACCACGAGUCCGGCCAUGUGCCAGCCCGCAUUUCCAGGAACAUUGUCCCUCCACCACUAUCGCAAACAACUCUCCGACAGCGACGCCUUUGCCUUUGACAGUCCAGAGGGACACAUCUUGAAGCGCAAAAACGCUGCUAUACACCUCAAUCAGACCCCGAUGUAUCCGCAUCAUUCCGCGCAUCCGUUCUCCGUGUCGUCUGCGGCAUCGAGUCCUCCCCCGUUGUCCCCAUCUUACUCGCCGAGCGCAAUGAGUGAGCAGGGGCCAGAGAGUCUCCGGGGGUUUGCUUUGUCGCCAAAUGUAGAACUACAUUCGUCGGACAGCCCGAUAUACUCUAGAUCGAACCCUCACAGACUACUGGACACAUUUCGUGACAGAUUGGAAAAAUACCCGGACUCAAAUCCAGACCAGGAAGGGUCCUUUCAUAAGCACACCCGAACCCGCUCAGACUCAAUCCUAUUCAAUAUGAAAAAUCGGACUGCAACCGUUAUUGAUCAUGGCACAUCAUUCGAAAUCGUCAAUCCUCAUGAAUCCCUCAACUUUGCUCGAAUAGUCUCGUUUAUCGAGGAUGUCGACGCUUAUUCAGCUCGCGACUCGACCGGCCACCACCGGGAAUCUUACAUAGAGACGACUGAAGAGCGGCUGACGAUAUCUGAAGAAGAUUACCUUCGGGCCAUUGCACCAUUGAGCCCAGCGCCAGAAGAAGAUGAACAGAAAGUCCACGAAGAGCUCGUGGGCGAUACUCCGCACCAGCCCAUACCAUCCAUCUCCGAGCGCCUACAGAACAAAGACUCCGAAGACAUGGAAUCACGGUACUCACGAUCCCCAAAUUACACACAACGUCGGCCGCCGCCAUUGCGACCGAGGGCUUGGACCGAUGAAAGCGAUUUGGGGGAGCCGGGUUCCCCCAUCCACGAAGACGGUGAUUACCCGUCGCCAAUGUCAUAUGCACGUCCAUCGACGGCUCCGUUUCCAAGUGACGGACAAAUGUACCCAACAUCGCCAGUUUCACCCCUAGCAGGGUACUACGACAUGAACCUCUGGCAGGGAGGUUCUCCCCUCCAAGACGGACCUGGCAUACCCCAUCCGCUAUACUCGAACCCUCCGUCCCCCUACGCCAGCCCAUCACCGUUCCCCUCGCCACACCAGACGCAAAAAAUCCACAUCCACCACAACAUAUCCAAACGCUCGCUCGAGAAACGCAAAAAGAACAACAAGGCCAAUGCGGGGCCACUAAACCCGUUUAAACGGCUAUACAGCAUGUUUCGAAAGAAACGGCAGUAACCCGUCGGAAAACCACCCGCUUCU